AUGGAGGCUCCUGCGAUAAAGAAGCGAGGGCGGUCUCGCAAGGUCGACCAGUCUGACCCGAAUGUUUCGACAGCCACUACCUUGAGCAGCAGCCCGGUCUCAAACUCCAGAGCAUCUCCCUCCCACUGGAACCAUGCGGCAAGAUCUACCGGUGACGAUCAAACCCUUUCGAACGCACAGCCUCGUCAUCUGACUGCUCCGUCUGUCGCGAACAUCCCUUCACAUCCGUAUCAGUACGCCACCGAGAUUGACACUGACAACGACACCCUCACUGCAAACGACUGGCUUGACAAUCUCUUCGGUCCUAUACAAGAAAGCCAAGGUCCUGACACUAUCUUCCAAGACUCUCACCAAGAACAAUUGAUGAAAGCGCUACUCGAUUACACCGUACAAAACCCGACUCUUACUCAAGGUGUCGACGAGGAAUGGAGCAAGAUCAUGGGCACCUCUCCGACCUCCGCGAAUCUGGACACUCCCGACACGCAAAUCUCGGUCGUAGAUCCCUUUCCGACGCUCGAGUCCUCGAGUCCUCGCCUCACCCCGCGGACUACCAUUCCCGCCAAUAACCGGACCCCCAAUUCCGGUACCGUGUCCCAGACAUCACCUGCGACACCCUACUCUGAUUCACGUUCCGUCAAUGCCCUGGAGGAUUCCUGCACUCCGCCCUCAUUCAGGGUACCGAAAGCUUCACUUGCUCCGAAGACUUAUCCGCCCGAUCCAGCAAAUAGCAAAGACGCAGCAGACUUGACGUCUGCUGACGGUGAAUCCGAUAAUUCUGCCCCGGAUCUCGCCGAGCCUCAAUAUGUUGAUCAAAAAACCCCGCGACAACAGACUCCGGUUAAACUGCCUCUCGGAAGUCCCUUCACACCUACAACUGCACCAGCGAGACAAGCCACGGCCGCCCUGAUGGAUAUUUUUGGCUCUCCCCUUCCGGCUGGCAAUAAACACUCGCGGACGCAAAAUAUGUCUUUGUCGUCGCCUGAUCGUGGGUCGACCCCGAAGGUGAUCGACCCAAGAUAUCAAGUCACCCCUGUCAAGUUCAAAUCACCACCCAAUCCAGCCACAUUGAUGGAGAAAAUGCGCAACAAUACUCUCCUCCAGAAUGAAGUGUCACGUCAUCCAGCGAAGCGCGCACGUAUGAGUUCAGUGGGAGCGCAACAGGUCGUCGCAAAUAUAGAGCGUGACUGGCAAACCCAGCAGAAUUUCUACAUGCAAAGCCAACAAGGAUCUGGAACAGGCGAUCCUGGAUUGUGUGCGAAUAUAGAGAUUGACGGCAUGAAGAACUGGGCCGACACUUCGCUAGGCGACAGUUUACCUUCUCAAUCAUUGACACCCUACAAUAACGAGUACGACUAUCCUAUCCCUAUGCCCACCGGAUCGUUCGAUGCGCUCAAACAGGAGCAUGAAGACUACGUUAGUGUUGGGCAGAAGCGCACCGCGUCGCAGAUGAUACGGGGUGGCAUGGACGCAAACCUGCAGAGAUCACCUGGAAACACGGGUCAAGAUUACGCGGGAAUUGAGCAUAAUCUUUCAGAACUCUUCAUUCCCUUGAGUCAGCUCCAGACUUCGAUGCUUGCGGAGCACGGAACUCAAAAGCAGAUGAACUACCAGAUGCAAAUGCAAUCUUCUCUACGCAUGGAGGGCCGUCGUCAGAGAUCCGCAGGAAGUCAGUUCAGUUCUCCUACGCAAGCUCAAACUCCAAGCCAAGUACAACGUGGAGCGCAGCAACAACUUCAAUCUUCAUUGCAGCCUGAAGUUCAAGGCGAAAUUUUGCAAGCUUCCCCGGGCCAACAAAUGGGUGUUUUGCAGCAGCGACGAAGUCAACAAGGCACGCCUCAAAAUCCCAUUGACACCCCCCUGCAAAUGGUGAGGUCCACCCCAUCCGUUGCCAGCACAGGGCCGCAAGGGACACCCACACCUGCACCACGAAGCCGCCGUUCGAAUCUUUCCAAGCCAGCUCAAAACAUGGUCAGCAGUUCUCCACAGACUGCUCGCACUCCCUUGAGAAAGGUCCAGAACACCCCGGGCAAGAGACGUGCUCAAGGCCACAACAACCCUAUCGCUACUCCUCAGAACGGGACACUCGUGGGAUAUGUCCAGACGUUAGAUGCGCAGCCUAUGCAGACACCUGGACAUACUCACCAGCAGGACGAUGCCUGCAAUCACGCUUUGAUCGAGACCACUGCGGUUCAAACCCCUACGCCCCUACGUGCUCAUCUUCCGACGCCUCAACAGCUUACCUCCACCGGCCCCUGCCCCAAUACUAUCAAUGAGACGCUCGAAGAGACCAACCGCCGCACUGGAGCGCAGCUUUGCGGUGGAGUUGCUGGCGGCAUAGAUUUCGUCCCGACCUUCAACGCGACUACCGCGGUUGACGACUUCUUGAACAGUCACAUGUUUCAGUUUCCUGACAACGUGAACUAUGGAGGACUUGAUCUCGCUUUGCCAGACAUGGACUUUGGCGACAUUGUGGACAUGGACAUGGACCUGAGUCUGGACUUCAAUACGAACGAAGGUCUGAAUGGAUUCAUGACCACAGCACCAUCGUUGCCCACGACGGUGGACAUGCGUCCGAUACUUUCACCCAUGGUCGCCGACCCUGGCGGCAUUGCAGCCGGAUCUUCCCUCGGCCACCCCUUGUUCAACAAUGAUGUUCGCGCUCCCUCGAUCGGUUACGCUGAGACGCUCAUAUCCGAUACUGUCACGACUAGCCCUGCUGCUGUCCCUGUCAGGAAUACCAUUACCAGUACCGAUGCCGUUGUGAAUGUCGAUGCAGAUAUGAAUCUGAAUAUGCCUGAGAACAACAGCAGUCUGGCUAAUAACUCCCAGACGACGCCAAAUCCGAACGACGAAGCAAGCUCCGUGCAUGCUUGUGCUCUUCCCAACGCCCAGGAUGGAAGUGAAGACAUGGUUGGGUUGGACAUGCCUGAGAUACCAACAGACUUCGACUGGAUUCAGGGCUUUGAUGAGCACGCAGAGUUCGACGUUGCGGACUGGGGACUCUAG